AUGUUGUUCCGGUUGGUUGGCGCAGAGUUACUCGAUCAAAAUCCAAUCUCAAGGAAGCUGAGAAUAAUGUUGAGCAUGAGAAUCAUACUGAAGCUGGAAAAAAAAGUGGAAGACUCAAUCAAGAAAAAUCAGAAGGACGGUUCUGAUGUUGGUAUAGAUUCUAAAUCCCUCUUUUACUCUGAUUCGAACAAGAACAUGUGGACAUUUGUAAUUCGGAGAAACAUUCAUUCUGAAAGACUUUUGAAGAUGUCUGAAUUCGAAGAAUUAGGAGUAAUUCAGCUUCUUAAAAGUCAGAAUUUGUUUGGAACGGUGUCUAAAGCAAAACCCUUUGUGCGCAACAUUGUGUUUGAAUUUUAUGCAAACUUGGUGUCUGAUAUUGCUAAGCCGGAGUCUGAGAUGUUUCACAAAGUCUUUGUUAGAGGUCAUAUUUUUCACUUCUCCGCGGAAGUGAUAAAUGAUUUUUAUGGGAGUCAUAGAGAAGCGGUGCAAUGUGAGGUUGAUUUUGAUGCUGUGAUUUCUGAGUUAACAGCCAAGGUUCAAUGCUUACACACUACUAGUGUUCAUAAACCUCUUGCUAAAUUGCUUUUCUUGGUUAAUUCUAGCACAACCUUUGAUAUUGGUCAGUUGAUUUUUGAUGAGAUUGUGAGUAAUGUUGAAGCUUGUACUACCCAUCAAGUACUUCCUUUUCCUUCCUUGAUUUGUGAAGUGUUGUUGUCUCAAAAGAAUAUUAAAAAGGAAGAUGAGGUAUCUGAUAAGUUGUCAGGAGUUCUUCGCAUUUCUAAGAAGCUUCGUACAUGGAGGCAUGUAGAUGAUAUUCAGGGGGAGUUCAGUUCAGCAGAAGAAGAUGAUGUUCCAAGUAGUUCUGUCGGUGUUGCAACGAGUUCUGAUAAGCAGCGAAUGAUCCAUUUUCUGCAGCAGGAGCUUCGUGAUCUCACUGCCUCUGAAGAUCGUUUCUCAGAGAAAGAAGGAUGUGGCUGCAUUCAUUAUUCAUUAGAGUCCUGCAGUCUUCCACCAACUCUACUUCAGCAACUUCUUCAGGAGAUACUUCUGCAUGAGCUGUGGGGAGUUAAUUUCUGCAUUUUGCUCUGGAUUUGGCAAGCUGUUAUCAGGAUUGGGAUGUUUCUUUCCAUAGAAGAAGGCAGGCAUUUUGGGGAUGCUGUCAACGUUGAGGAGAACUGA